CGAAAGAAGAAGGAAGCCCUCCCGCCCCCUACCGCUCUCCGCGUCCCGAGCAGCGACUUCCUCUUUCGCGCCCUUUUAAGGCCCAGCCCGGGGGCGCCCCGAGCAGUGAGGCCGCACGCAGCCCCGCCAUGGAGGACGCCUUCAUCCGCCACAUCGUGCUCCUGGGCUUCGAGAAGCGCUUCGUCCCCAGCCAGCACUACGUGUACAUGUUCCUGGUGAAGUGGCAGGACCUGUCUGAGAAGGUGGUCUACCGGCGUUUCACGGAGAUCUAUGAGUUCCACAAAACUUUGAAGGAAAUGUUUCCUAUUGAGGCGGGGGACAUCAACUCGGAGAACAGAAUCAUCCCCCACCUGCCAGCACCAAAGUGGUUUGAUGGGCAGCGGACCACGGAGAGCCGCCAGGGCACACUCACCGAGUACUGCAAUACGCUCAUGGGCCUGCCGGUCAAGAUCUCCCGCUGCCCGCACCUCCUUGAGUUCUUCAAGGUGCGCCCCGACGACCUCAAGCUCCCCACGGACAGCCAGGUGAAAAAGCCAGAGACAUACCUGGUACCUAAAGACGGCAAGACUAAUGUUGCAGACAUCACGGGCCCCAUCAUCCUGCAAACGUACCGGGCCAUUGCUGACUACGAGAAGAGAUCGGGCUCUGAGAUGGCUCUGGCCAUGGGCGAUGUGGUAGAAGUCGUGGAGAAGGGCGAGAGCGGCUGGUGGUUCUGCCAAAUGAAGACAAAGCGAGGCUGGGUCCCAGCCUCCUACUUGGAGCCCCUGGACAGUCCCGACGAGGCCGAGGACCCAGAGCCCAACUAUGCAGGUGAGCCCUAUGUCACCAUCAAAGCCUACACUGCUGCAAUGGAGGAUGAGCUGUCCCUCCAGGAGGGUGAAACCAUCGAGGUCAUUCAUAAGCUCUUGGACGGCUGGUGGGUGAUCAGGAAAGAAGACGUCACGGGCUACUUCCCGUCCAUGUACCUGCAGAAGGCGGGGCAGGACAUAGCCCAAGCCCAAAGCCAGAUCAAGAGCCGAGGGGCGCCGCCCCGUAGGUCGUCCAUUCGCAACGCGCACAGCAUCCACCAGCAAUCACGAAAGCGCCUCAGCCAGGACACCUAUCGGCGCAACAGCGUCCGCUUUUUGCAGCAGCGCCGCCGCCAGGUGCGGCCGGGGCCGCAGAGCCCAGGGAGCCGGCUCGCUGAGGAGCCAGAGACUCAGCGCCCGAAGCCGCAGCCGGCCGUGCCCCCAAGGCCCAGUGCAAACCUCAUCCUGAACCGCUGCAGCGACAGCACGAAGCGGAAGCUGGCGUCCGCCGUCUGAGACCCGGGUACCGCCCCCAGUGACGCUCUGGCCCCUCCGCCACCUCUGGCCUGGAUCCCUGUAUAUGUUACUAGAGUCUGCGGUCUGGAUGCUUAGGGCAGCUCUGGGCAUCGCCCUAGCUAGCUACCCUCCACCCUCAAUAAAUGUUACUUGGAGUGGA